AUGUCUACUUUAAAUUUACACUCAAAUCCAUUCUUACAAUCAUAUAAAUUAUUUGACAGUCCAAUGCCAACCACAGUUACUCAUAUUCCAAGGACUUGCUCCCCUUCACCUACCCUUUCUCUUGAACGGAAGAGAAAAUUGGAUGGCGAUCUUUUAACAACACCAGUGAGACCAAAUAGUGAAGAUAAUGCUUUGGUUACUCCGCCACGUUCAACAAAAAGGUCCAAAACAACCCCAUCCUCUCCCAUAAGAGACCAUCAUUUAUACGAAACACCCAAAACACCAUCUCAAAAGCAACAAUUCAACAUUAAUUUAAAUGCGAGAUCUCCAAACUACAACUAUGCUAUCACUAAUCCUCAUAAUUAUUCCAGUGUUUCACUGAAUUCGAAUGGAACGACAGAAGUAACACCACCGCAAUCACAGGAAGUAUCCCCAAGACUGGAUACAAUUCAGUUAGCACAACCUUCUGUUACUCCAUUAAGAGGUAGAUAUUAUGGGGAAUUCAUGUAUUCAUAUCCUGAUACAUGUUAUCCAUUCAACAUCAACAGUAGUGCUAUAGGUAGAAGUGAUGGAAAUCUUAGAGCUGCUACUUGGAGAAGUGCUUGUAAUGAAAAGAUUAGGCAUGAGUUCAACAAAUCUGCCAAAGAAUAUGCUGCUUUGUCCGAAAAGUACAAGAAAGACACCGAAGAGCUAAAGAAACAGGGAUCAUUGAACCUUCCUUCCAUAUAUGACACUAAAAUCUUCCCAUCUUUCAACAGCAUCAAUGAUACGGUUAACCGUGGUCUCAAUUAUUUCUCAUAUAAUGCCUCUUCUCGGUUCUCUACUGAUGCUCAACAAGAAGCCAGAUCACUAUUAGAAUUGAGAAAUGCCUCUCGAGACAAACCAGCUUCUACCAAUCACUCAACCAAAACAUGUAAUAUCCAAUUACCGCCAAUACGAGAGAUACUGAAACUAACUCCUUUUGAUAAAUCACGCAUUCAUCCAAGUUGUUUAACAUCACAUGAAUUACAGCAAUAUAAUGAUAGGAAUUCUGCAGGUAUUCUCUUCGAAGAUAAUGCUUAUCAGUUCCACAAUGGACGGGAAAUAAAAACAGGGAACAGUUACGCCUAUCGGGAAUUAACUAGUAAAAGUAACUCAAACCAGCCAUUAUCACUAGAUUUACGGUCCAGUUAUCAUCGGCCUAUGAAUUAUUUUCCAACACCAAACCAGUCUACUAUCAUUCGGCCUCCAACAGAAUCUUUGAUUAACGAAUCACUAAAGAGUCAGAAUAACUGCCCAGCUUUGGCCUCAAAAGGGGAAGAUUCAAACAAUCUAGUAACAGCAACUGAUUUUAAGCACUACCAAACCAAAUUCAAGUCACAACCACUGAAGAUCAAGAAAACUAGAAGAAAUUCUGUUUCCAAGGUGACAAAAAAUUCAGGUUCCAAAAAUAGUUGCAAACAUACUCCGGUAUCUAGCCGUAGUAGUAGUAGAAAAUCUUCUAGUUCGUCCAAUAGAAGUGCGUCGGAUCAAUCGACUGCAGUCAAAAGAAGAACUAGACAGAACCCAUCUACGAGAAGUUCGUCAAUAGAGAGCGUAAGGACUACUGAAGUACCAGUGUCAGUUCAGAGCACGCCAUUGCCCAGAUUAGCCUCCAGGGAUGAUCACAAUCUUACCCCUUUGUUAGCCACACCAGAAGCACAGCCUACUCCACAAAUUUCCACCAGAACUACAGAGGAGAUCCAGAGACACAGUUUUUUGCCACACACACACUUACCACGAAUGCACACAACACAGCAACUUGAUGAUGUUAAUGUAUCAGUUACACCAAUGAAGGCACAGUUAAGCUGUAGCCAUCACUUCCAUGAAAAUAUCAACAAGUCAAUAGGUGACGACGAUAAAAUCCCUGGAAAAAACCUACAAAGUGCAUACCGGCUAUCGAAAGUGUGUAUGUCGUGCCAUUCAAACCAAUCUCCAUGCUGGAGACCCUCAUGGUCUCCCGACGAGGGCCAGCUAUGUAACUCCUGUGGCCUAAGAUACAGAAAAACUAAAGCUAGAUGUUAUAAUCCCAAAUGUUUGAAGAUCCCUUCAAAGAGUGAAUGGGCGUUGAUGAUGAAGCGGGGGAAAGUGCUGUUGGAUGUAUACCAUGAAGACGGCAGUGUUGCAGGUAAACAACUGAGCUAUAGGUGCUUGGAUUGCGACAGUGCAAUGGAAGUCUUGCGUUAA